UAAUCACCGGUCACAAGAAUGCAACUGCCGAAGAUCUGUGCUACGAUAGGCAGUGCCGCUUACUGCUUUGUGCAAUGUAGGAACAAAACGGUGAAAGUAUCUGCCUAUCGACGUCCAGCGCGAGCAUCGCCUACAGGUCAGACGCAAAAGGCACAUAUCGGUAUAAAGCGCCUAGCAGCUGAAUAUGUAAAACCAGGAGAUGUAUUGGUGAAACAAAGAAAACCAAUAGCACAAAAUCCCGGUGUGACUCGGAACAGGCACUUUAAGCUAUAUCCAGGGGAGAAUGUAGGAGUAUCUUCUAAGACAACUACACUGUUCGCCACGGCUCAUGGCAGGGUAAAAUAUACCCAUGAUGUUGUAAGGAACAUACGCUUGGUCAACGUGCUACCAGAACCUCGGGAAGAACUGCUACGUGAGGAUCUCUGGCGCUAUCGUACCGAACAUGUUGCGGGUAUCCAAGACAACUGCGCUCUGGUGUGGAGGCGUGUUAAAGCGGUGUAUUACGUUAAUCAGAGUCAAUACCCAUAAAAACAGUCUUGUUGUCCAGGAAUAACGAGCGCUACAAACGGUAGCAUCGCAUUGUCCCAUCUGGUGGCGCACCAUUUAACAGAUUAAUAGGCUGAAAUUGACAUAUGAUCGCUAGAAAAUGAAUUUACGUAGCAAUGUCUAUUCCCAUAAUGCUCCGCCCAAAGAGCGAGCAUUGGCAAACAACA